AUGGCCACCACUGUCGAAAUUAACGACGCUAUGUUCUGCGAACCGCACCUCAGAGAAGUGUGCAGCGACUGCUCGUACGACGGGCGGGAGGAGAAUGAUAGCUUCUUCGGGCUCGACCCUAUGGAUCGCGAUGAGAUUGAUUCUCCCGCUGUAACGAAGAACAAGGACGGAAUUUACCAGUGCAAGAAGCACGGAUCGGCCGGUAAGCACAACAUUACCUUCAUCGCCCACUCUGCCAUCUAUAACACGCGUCAUAAACCAGAAUGCAAGCAGUGCUUCAACUGGAAGAAGCAGAUUACUCGCGCACGCACCGAGGCGAAGAAGGCUGGGAGGAACUAG